AUGGCGGGAUUAAUCAGUAGCAGGAACGACGCGCUGGAUCAGGUCGACGCGUCCAUGGACGUCAGUAUGAACGCGUCUUCGGACCCACCCGCCCCCAGACCCAUUCCCAGCAAACCGGCAGCCCCCCCAAUCGAUGACUCCCCACCCCUCCAGUUUCUCAAGAACCUAGCAGCGGACCCAAAUAGGAAGAAUCAAAACGGUACCGUUGGUCUAGAUGCAGCAUCCAUGGCAUUCCUGAUCCAACUCGUGGCGAACGAGGCCGAACAGAAGCGCCAGCUGCAGCUGAUUAUCGAAGACCUUAGGGACAUCCGAGCUAGCCUAUCUGCUCUAACACUUAAUGUGAUCGAUCACUUCUUGCGUAAAACAAAUCCCAGAUACAAGAACCAGAAUGGAAACGCAGGGAUGGACCAAUCGCUCGAUGAAAUGUCGUCUGCCGCACCAGUCACGGACACAGGCGAAGAAGCCGGCUCAAACCACACGGAACCUGGUCACGACCAAGAGCGCUCCAUCCUGAAUGAGUCGUACCAACGCCUUGAGGGCCACAUCGAUAAACUCUUCCAAAAUGACAACGCCUCGGCAUUCACGACUUCAGAAAAACUCAUAGGCCUCGGUACUCACAACGGAGUUGUCUACAUCUUGAAUCACCGAAUCGAACUGAUCAAGCGCUUCAGGCCCCAUUCUGCAACGAUUUAUGACAUCAAGAUCGAAGUUGCCGAACAAUUUGUUGCAACGGCUUCAAUGGAUGGCAAGAUAUCCAUUGUCCAACUGGCCGGCGGAAAUGAUGUGUUCAUCCUGGAUCUCAAACGGCCGAUGAUGGCCGUUGCCAUGGAACCUUUAUAUCACAAGCACCCCAACAAACGCCAAUUUAUCUCGGGCGGUCUGGCAGGCAAUUUGACCUUGCAUGAGAAAGGCUGGCUUGGCAACAAAGAAACCGUCUUGCAUUCAAACGAAGGAUCGAUUUGGUCGGCAGAAUGGAAAAACAAUCUUGUAGUGUGGGCUAAUGAUACUGGGAUUCGAAUCAUCGAUAUCAAUACUCACCAGAAACUCGCAUAUAUUCCCCGUGGAGCGGACGAACCUCGUGCAGAUCUCUACCGGUGCCAUUUCUCUUGGUCAACUCACGAAAAGCUACUGGUUGGCUGGGCUGACACGAUCCGAGUCGUUUCACUUAAGGAAAAUUCGAGUGCUAGCUCCAUCCAUCGCGGCUUGAUCUCUACAUCUUCGACGAACUCGUCGAACCUCUCGGUCAAAGUGGAAAUGGUUUUCCAGGUUGAUUGCAUCAUCUCGGGUAUUUGUGCGUGGGAAGCUGGUGGAUCUCCCGACAUUGCUAUUCUAGCUCAUACUAGUGAGCCUGAAGACUCGGAGGUCGAUGCACCUGGAAAUGAGCACGCACCAUCUGAAGAUGGUACAACCGACUCGAUCGCUCCACGCUCCUCCAAGCGAAGACCGGCCCAGAGACCUGAGCUUAGGAUUAUCUCGUACAACGGAGAAGAAAUCUCAUCUGAUGCACUGAAUAUCAGCUCCUAUCAACGCUAUCAACCUAAUGAUUAUUGCCUGUGCUAUUUACUCCCACCGCUACAAAAUGGAAAAAAGAAAAAAAUGGACGAUGAAAGUCUGUAUGUGAUGUCACCCAAGGAUUUGAUCCUCGUCGAACUUCGGAAUCGAUCAGAUCACAUUAGUUGGAUGAUCGAGCAUGAGAAUUAUGAAGGAGCUAUGAAAGAAGUCGAGGAAGCUGGCCUAGCUGGAGCUCACGGAUAUAGUCUAAGUGAAAUUGGUCAAAAAUAUCUGAGUCAUUUAAUCAGUCAAGGCCAAUUUCAAGUUGCUGCAACUGCCUCUCCGUCGAUAUUAGCAAACGAUGUGAAGGCAUGGGAAGACUGGAUAUUUCUGUUGAUCGAGAAAGGCCAGCUUGAUGUUAUAAUUCCUCACGUUCCUACAGAAGCGCCUCGGCUAUCCAAAGUGGUGUAUGAAGUCAUCUUAGUUCAUUUGCUCAGAAGAAAUUCGCAGGAAAUGCUUAAAAUGAUUCGCAAGUGGAGUCCUGAGCUGUACUCCAUCCCAGCUGUCCUUUCUGCUUCCCUCGAUCGACUUUCUCGAGAUUCUGGGAGCUCUGAAAUAUUGAUGACAUGUAUUGCAGAACUAUACAUCUUGAACCAUCAACCUGGGAAGGCGGUGUCGUAUCUACUCCGGCUACGCAAGCCAGAGGUGUUUGAUUUGAUCAAGGAACACAGCCUGUUUACUGAUGUGCAAGAUCAAGCCUUACUUAUGAUCAAAUUCAGUGAUGAAUUGAAUCGGAAAAACCUCAAUCGACCGGACGCGGACGAUGAAGGAUCAAAUCAGAAAGGAGAGCAAAUUCCCAGUACUGCAGCAACGCAAGACGAGCAAAUUCCACGCGAUUACGGCGCUGCUAUCAAUUUACUCGUUCAGCACACUUAUUCAAUUCCUGUUGCUAGAGUGAUAGAUCAGUUAGCCGAUCAUCGCAGAUAUCAGUUCAUGUACCUGGAUGCGCUUUUUGAGGUGGAUCCGUCUCUGGGGACGGAUUUCGGAGAUUUACAUGUGGACCUGUUUGCAGAAUUUGAUCGGCAACGGUUGAUGAAAUUCUUGAGAGCCAGUACAUUUUACAACCUUGAAAAAGCCUAUCAAAUCUGUCAAGAUUUGAAUUUCGUACCAGAAAUGGUUUAUCUCUUGGGAAGGAUGGGAAAUAAUAAAAAGGCCUUGUUUUUGAUCAUCGACAGGAUUGGAGAUGUUCACCGAGCUAUUGAGUUUGCGAAAGAGCAAAACGAUGAUGAUUUGUGGGAAGAUCUCCUACGAUAUUCAGAAACCAGACCCGCUUUUAUCAGGGGCCUAUUGGACAAUGUCGGGUCGGAGAUUGAUCCGAUUCGAUUGAUUCGCAGAAUCCAAAAUGGAUUGGAAAUCCCCGACCUGAAAGCUUCGAUCAUCAAGAUACUCCAAGAUUUUCAUCUUCAGAUAUCGCUGAUAGAGGGUUGUAGAUCAAUCAUGGUCAGUGAUUGUCGAGACCUUUCAAAUGUGUACUAUGCAAGUCAGACUUUGGGCGCUUUGGGGGAUCCCUCUUUGCGAUGCCAAAAGUGCAACAGACUGCUCACGGAACCCAGUCAACCGAUUGCAGCGACAGACGAUGGGACUGAGCUUGUCGCCGAGAACUCGAUCGCGGUGAUGGGGUCGGCAUUAUCGAUCAUGUUUCUCUGUCGACACUCGUUUCAUUCCCUCUGUGUGUUCGACUCGAAUACCGUCCUGGCUGCAUUGGCCGAACAACAACUCGAUCGCAGUCGGUCUGCCUUGGGCGAUUCCUUCGAUCGAUGCGGUGAACGCUACAACGCCAUUAAUUUGAAGUUCGCUCAAACUCUCAUCCUCCGAUCUGGCGAUGGCUCCUGUCCCAUCUGUACCUCUACAGCCAAGGAAAAAGUCGAACCACAACAUGACUAA